AUGAGCCAAAAAGAGCAAAAAGAGGGCUUCAGAUUGGACCACUACGGGCUCAAAAAAGACUCAGCUGGCGAAAGAUUGUGCAGCCCAGUACCUGUAAUAGUUACACUACUACAAGCUGUAAUCCUCUCAUUUAUCAUUUCCAGUAUUAACGUAAACACGCUUCUUCCAUGGUACACCAACCAGCACAUUACACGGACAUUUCUUAUCUGCAGUGCUUCGAUUCUGUUGGUUGGCCAAAGAAUACUCAACAGACAGCACGCUCUCACUCUAAAGAACAAUCUCAUCAUGGAGUUCACUUCACACAUCCUUUUCACCUAUUGUUUUAUCCAACCACAAACCCUGUUAAAAUUUGAUAGAACUUACAUCUUUCCUCUGUCAAAACUCAAAAUACAUGUAAAUCUACUGUUCUCGGUGGUUAAUUCAGCAAUAUUUUCAUCUUUCUUUACCUUUCUAGACUGUUUUGUGAAGUCUAGGAUUGUGUACACCCAGGCACCAGGUCUGUUUGCGUAUUUGAGGUCAAAACUGGUCGCAAUACUUGUUGAUGCAAAAAACGUAAUGCAGUGGUGCAUUAGACUUUCUGUGGUGGGCUUUAUCUUAUAUUUCUGUCUUUUUCAUAAUAUCCUUUCAAUACUCACGUUUUCUCUGAGAAUUUCGCUCUUUUACAACUCCAUUACCGAAGUAGUGUUCCACAUUCUUAUUCUGUGUAUUAAUGAUGCUGUCUUUUAUAUUUUCUAUGCGAUUCUCGAGUAUGUAGCUGUAUUCAAUUUGUCGUUUAAUUCAUAUUCUGUUGACUAUCAUACUGAGCCCGAUGACAAUGCAAUCAACGACAUUAAAAGCACUCAUGAGAAUGUUUCCAACACCGACUGUAUAAAUUCAAUAUUGCUGAAAUACCACAAGGCCGUGAUGGCUUUUAAGAGCAAGGAGCUCAAAUUCAAAACAAAACCCAACGAGGCUAAGCUCGUGGAAAUAGCUGCUUGCAGCGCCCUCGAUGAGAUUAGAGAAAUUUUAAAACUAUUUGAAGCCUCGAGGAAUAGCCUCGACUCUGAGAUCUUUGUAACCGUCCCCCAGGCAAAUAAAAGAUAUAUCAAAAGAUAUAGAGCAUACCACUUACUGAAUAUACUUUGGGGCAAAAUGCAGUACCAAGCACAAUGCUUUGUGCUUUCGAGGAGAUUAUCUAUAGUUCUAGACAGCCUGAUAGAGAUUCUUGAUUUUGUAUUUACAGUUAGAGAGCAGGAAGGCAUUCAAUUGCUAAAUCAAGCAUUUUUCAAUGAUUUGCUUGAGACCGUUGAGCAUAUUGGAGAUAUUUCUGGCAAACUGCAGAUAGAUCUGAAAGACGAAAGACUUUCUAAUUUGAUUAAUAAAUUACAAUAA